UGCCCCGUCAUUGGUGUCAGUGGGGGGUGGAAUAGUGCCCCAUCAUUGGUGUCAGUGGGGGGGUGGAAUAGUGCCCCAUCGUUGGUGUCAGUAGGGGGGAGGAAUAGUGCCCCAUCGUUGGUGUCAGUGGGAGGAAUAGUGCCCCAU